CACAAAUUGGUCCAUGGCUAUAUAUAUAUAUGUUAUAUAUGUAGCCUUGUUGUAGUGCAAAAGGAAACAAAUUUGGCCUUUACAUUCAUGAUUAACUAAAACAUCUAGGGAUCUUUUUCUCACAACUAUACAAUCAUUAGUUGAUUUCAGAUAAAAGGUUCUGUUUCUAUCUUCUUGUUUCUCCAGGUUGGUCACACUAACAUGAAGAUUUUAAUGUUGUGGCUAACGUGGGUUGCUGUAAUUUUAUCUACUUCUAUGGCUUCUGCUGCUACAGUGGAACGUACUUUCAUGGUUCAAAACAAAACUAUCACACGAUUGUGCCAUAAACAAAUUAUUGUCGCAGUUAAUGGACUUUUCCCUGGCCCUAAGUUGGAGGUCAAUGAAGGUGACUCUGUGAUUGUUCACGUAUUCAACGAUUCACCCUACAAUUUAACAAUUCAUUGGCAUGGAGUAUUCCAACUAUUUAGUGCAUGGGCAGAUGGUCCUGAAUAUAUAACCCAAUGUUCAAUUCGUCCUGGACAUAAUUAUACUUACAAAUUCAAUGUGACACAACAAGAAGGAACAUUGUGGUGGCAUGCUCAUGCAUCAGUUAUACGUGCAACUGUUCAUGGUGCUAUUAUCAUUCAUCCUCGUUCGGGUCAAUUUCCAUUUCCUAAACCUUACAAGGAAGUACCAAUAAUACUAGGUGAUUGGUAUGAUGGAAAUGUUGAGGAGAUUGUCAAAAAAGAACUCGAAACUGGCGACAAGAUACCGUCUGAUGCUUUUACUAUCAAUGGCCUUCCUGGAGAUCUUUUCAAUUGUUCCAAAAAUCAGACAUUCAAGUUGAAAGUGAAGCAAGGAAAAACCUAUCUAUUCCGAAUGGUCAACGCUGCACUAAACAACAAUCUUUUCUUCAAGAUAGCCAAUCACAAGUUCACAGUUGUAGCCAUGGAUGCUGCCUACACCGAUCACUAUAUCUCCGACAUACUCGUCAUCGCCGCCGGCCAAAGCGCCGACAUACUUUUCACCGCCGAUCAACCCAAAGGUUUAUACUACAUGGCUGCAUCUCCUUAUAUUGUUGGGGAACCAGAACCACUCAUCGACAAAACGACAACCCGGGGCCUUGUCGUUUACGAAGGUUACAAAAAAUCAACAAUAAAACAUAAACCUUUGAUGCCAAUACUACCGUUCCAUGACAACACACCAAUAGCUCACAAAUUUUUUAGCAGCAUAACAAGCCUUGUGGGGGCCCCAUAUUGGGUCCCUGUCCCACUUGAUGUGGAUGAGCACUUGUAUAUCACAAUUAGCAUUGGUUUACAACCAUGUCCUAUUAAUGCCACGUGUACAGGUCCACUCAAACAAAAAUUUUCAGCUAAUAUGAAUAAUGAAUCUUUUUUGCUUCCAAUUGGGAAAGGAUUCUCUAUAAUGGAGGCAUAUUUUUAUAAUGUGAGUGGCUUGUAUACUACGGAUUUCCCUUAUUACCCUCCAAAAACUUUUGACUUCACAAACCCGAAAAUAUUUUUGGAUGCGAAUGUUACAUUUGCGCCGAAAUCAACCAAGGUGAUGAAAUUCAAGUUUAAUUCGACGGUGGAGAUUGUGUUUCAAAAUACGGCAAUUUUGAAUGCACAAAGUCAUCCCAUGCAUCUUCAUGGUUUGAAUGUUCAUGUUUUGGCUCAAGGGUUUGGGAUUUUCGAUUCUACUAAAGAUAAACUAAAGUAUAAUUUGGUGAACCCUUUAAUUCGAAACACGGUUCCUGUGCCAGUUGGAGGAUGGGUUGCUAUUAGAUUCCAAGCAAAUAAUCCAGGGGUAUGGUUUAUGCAUUGUCAUGUGGAUGAUCAUAACCUAUGGGGACUAGUCACGGCUUUCAUAAUUGAGAAUGGACCAACACCUUCAACUUCUCUUGGUCCACCACCUGCUGAUUUGCCUAAAUGUUAAUUGGCUAUAUGCUAGAAUGCUGAUGUGAUUAUCACAAAUCAAAGUCAAGUCUCCCUUCUCCCUUUUUUCUUUUGAUUAAUCAAUUGGUCAAUGUUUCAGAACAAAAUUAAUUGAUCAUAUUUAAUAUCAUCUCUAAUGUUACAAUCCAUCAUGGAUAGUUUAAUUCCAUUUUGCCAGAUCACUUUAAGAAUUCAGUAUA